UUUCUAGCCCUCUCUUCAAAGGCUGAAAUUCAGAAGUAUCACUGAAAUGUUGAUAUGAAAUGAAAAGUAUCAGAAACUAUUGCAGGUAUUUAUGUUAGAGACAUAGUCACAACCUACUUACAGAGGCACCUGUUGUACUGCAAAAAGCAUUUAACAUAUAUUAAAAAUUACUUCAGAUGGUGCUUUGCAGAUAUGCUGUUAUAGUCUGAACAAGAAUUAGUUGAUGAUGAUAAUAAUAGUAAACUUGGAAAUUAUAUUGAUUCUCUGUUCAGAAGCAGAUCUGAACAAGGAGGAAAACAAGCCUGUUCAGAGAUUUUAAUGAGUCAUGGAUUUUAUCAUAAAUUAAUACUAAUGAGUCCCACUUGAAGUGCCUCCUUUUUGAUGUUUUUUUAUGAUUGAAACUUUGGGUGGUCUGUCUUAAAUGGAGAUCUCUUAGUGUUCAAAGAGAGAUCCUUUUUGGGGAGGGAUGUUGUGCUGUUUUUUGGUGAGGUUUGGUUUUUUUUCCAUAGUAGGAGGAAAUGAUGUUUAUAUUUUCUGGGUUGUAAAAACACUGGAGUUGCAGUUUUUUCUGGAAAGUUGUUCCUGCACAGUGAGCACUGCUGAACGUGGAGGCUCCCCACAUAAUCCUGUUUGGGUUUAUGGGGUUUUUUCCAAUCUAUUAAUAGAACAAAACACUAGAAUGCUUAAAUACACAUCAUGAGUAUGUACACUCGGCUUUUGAAGUGAAAACAAAAGCUGCCAACUGAAAUUAUUUUUUUUUUCACUCUUAAAGGCUGGUCCCAGGUGUUUUAAAUAUGGACUUCUUCCCUUUUUCUUUCAUACUCCUAACCAGGACAUGCCCAGUGGGACCAAUAUCUUUUUUAUGGUCGUUGCUGCAGACUAUUCCAUGAGAAAAUGCAGACUAUGCUAUUGAGCUGCUCUUUCUAUUCUUAGAAAUCGCUAUGAUCCUGUAGGUUUUCCAAAAAUUGGGAGUGGUAUUUAAAGCUGAGGGAUGCCUCCCAGCAGGCAAGGCUUGAAGAAGCUGCCCAGGGUCAGGUCCUGUCCAUUGCACUGGGCUGAGGCAGCACUGCAGCAGUGCCUGUCUGCCAGGACACUUUAUUUUUGUCCAGUGAUUAUCAGGAAGGCUGCCCAGGAGGAGCUGGGGAUUACAGGACAAACAGCACAAAGCUAUAGGAAACCAUGUUUUGACAGUUGUGUUGCAGUUUGCUUUUGUAGCUGCCCUCUCUUGUGUAGGUUGACUCUAAGAGGCUUUAAAACAGGUUGAAAUACAGUAUUUUGAGCAUUCUUGCUGAGAUUAAUUUCGGGUGUUUCACCAGAGGCUGUCUGCUCUCAGGGACUUUGCUUUGCUUUUGAAAUGCCAUCUAGGCAAGGAAUAAACAGUAGAAGUUGGCUUAUGUGAAACUGUUAAUCUGUGAAUAAAGUGGAAACAGCCGUAUUAAUUUGAAAUGUUGUUUGUAGGCUUCUGAGUUUCAAAACAAAAAGAAAUAAUAAACGUAAAAAUCUCCUCCUGGUCUCAAGAAAUCUCUUAUUAAGAAGAAAAUUUCAGGUGUUUAUGAUGAGGAAAGAUGACUCAAUUUACAAGGAGAGAAGGCUGCUACAGAGGAGCCUUGAAAAGCCUCAUGCAAGUGGAGUUUUAUUGUCAUUGGAAACGAAAAGAUCACAAACAAAAAAAUCCACUAAAAGACAAAGCAAUCCUCCCCCCAAGCAAAAAAAUCCCCCAGAACACUGUCUGCAGUGUUGUGUAACCAAAGUGAUAGUGUUAUGCAAGGGGGAGAAGAGUCAAAAAGUGAAAGGACCGUAAACAAAAGCUGGGAAGGGAGGGAAUGCCACCCUGUGUGCUGGGUUGUAGCUGGGUUCUGCUGUGUUUUUUUUUUAAUAGGGUGCUGCCAAUCACCAACAUGAAGACGCUAGUUUCAGGAUUCAGGCAAAUUCUGUUGAGAGCUAUGGAGUCUGAUACAACUUUGUGCAUGGAAAAUUCCAGAGCAGUGGAAGAGAAGAUAAAAGAGGACUCCAUCGCACAGAUUACGUGCUCAGUCCUGGGGUUCCCCACUGCUGAGCCCAGCCUCAGGAAUGAUAUCUUCAGUGUGCAGCAUUUUGGUUCCCCACCAUCCUCCAAGUGCUAUCAGUCUGUCUUGUUAAUGAGUACAAAUUCUGCGUUUAGCAACAAAACUGGUAAGCAAACGAGAGCAGGAGAGCCUGGCUGCUCCAAGAUGAGAAAGUCAUUACAUAAUGGUGCUGACACAUCAUUUGGUCAUAUUGGUCAUUCAGAACCUGAGCAACAGGUCAAAGGGGCAGCGUUUUUAGAGGCCACAUCUCCGAACUUGGCGGGAAUGCAGAGACUUACAGGUUCAAGCGUAACUGAAUCCAGUAAUGCAGAAGAAAUGCAACUUUUAAAUGGUAAAUGGUACAAGAAGAAUGGGGUUUUGGGUAGGGCUUUGGAAGUCUGCACUGAAACAAUAAAAGGGGAUUUAUUACACCAAAUUCUUCACGGGCCUUCAGAAGGGAUUUUGAGCUGCACCCAGGAGGAGGUGUACGCUCGCUUACUCCAGUGUGUCACUAAGCAACAAAUGGAAAUCAGUCGAGCCAAAAGAACUCAGAAGCGUUUACAAAUGCUCCUGGCAAAGCAUGUUAUCAAACACUGUGAUCAGCAGCUGAAAUGCUUUGUGAAACAUCAGCUUCAGAGAAUGAAGGUUUUCCAUGAGCCAGCUAGAUUUUUGAGCAAUAGCUCCCUCAGAUGCACUGAAGGUUGGCCAGAAAACAACACAACUACUUCGGAGAGUAGUUUGAGUGUGGAUGUACAGAACGGAGUUAGCGUUGCACCGGGUGAAAUCCGUGGCUUUGCACUUUCUGCUGGAGGGCUGCUGUCUCGUGUGGAGAAGGACCUGGACUCUGAUGCAACAUGUAGCAGCUCAGAUGAAGAUGGUGAGGAACAGACUGUAAGAACAGCUGUGGAAGCCAGCUAUACUUCUGAAUGGAAGUGGCUUGCAGACAGAGCUAGAAUUGGCAGCCGUUGGACAUGGCUUCAAGCCCAGAUUUCAGAACUAGAAUACAAAAUCCAACAACUAACUGACCUUCACAGGCAAAUACGUGCCACCAAGGGGAUGGUGGUGUUAGAAGAAUUCCCAUUUCCAAAAGACAUUUUGAAGAAGCAAAUACAAUUGACAGACCAAGGAGCUUUAUUAAACACCACAGGGAAUUCCCAAGCUGCCAUUGAGAGACAGGAUUCUUUGCAGGACCACGACUUUGAAAUGUCACCCAGCAGUCCUACUCUGCUUCUACGGAACAUAGAAAAACAGAGCGCACAACUAAGCGAAAUCAUCAGCAGCCUAAUUGCUCCACUCAAUCUGUCCCCAGCCUCUUCAUCUCUUUCAUCCAAGACCUGUAAACACAGACAGCUGGUCAAUGGCAUCUCCUUCAGAGCUUCAGACAAUAGAGAGGUAUCCUCUUCAAGCAGCUGGCUGCUUGACCAUCAGCACAUCAAGAAAAGAAGAAGAGAGAGGACAAGACUCAGAUCUGUCUCUGUGAAUAAUGUGAGCACAUCUGCCCGAACAAGGCCACUUCAUAGUUUCCAGAAGAGGAAACUCUACAGAAUGCAUGGUGCCUGUCACUGGAAUCAGCAGACUUUUCCAUCUAGAGAUUCCUCCUUUCCAUAUAAAAGUCAGUUGCCAUGUGUGGUGCCUGCCUCCAAUUUCAGUAGCAGUGAGUACAGCACAGAAUCUAAAAUCCUAGAUUAUGUGCAAGAGCUGGACUCUUCCUUCCAUCCAGUCUUAUCAUUUCCUUCAGAUGUUCCUCUUCACAUAUACUUUGAAACAUUAUUGAGGAGGGAUGACAUCAAAGGAGAACCUGCUGAUACCUCAUCUUUGGGAGGGGAGUUUAAAGUAUCUGCUGACAAUGCCUAUGAAAAGUCAUUUCUCAACUUGAUACAUGUUUUUUCUGUUACACAAUGGAGCAGUGGCUGUUUGUCUAAUUCCAAAUCUCAGUUGGUGUUAGGAGCACCUGACCAGCUGUCAGAAGGAAGAAAGAAAAGGCAUCUAAGUGAGACAGCAGUAGGUGAAAGCAGUGCUCAGUUUGAGACAUUCUCCUUCCAACAUGCAGAGCCCGAGUCCCACAACAGCUUUACUCCCACGAGCAGUGUCAGUGCCAUGUCUCGGCCCAGCCACAGCUCUUCAUCACAGCAUAACUCCAGGAGGAGGUUGAGAAGUGAGAGCUCCUAUGAUAUAGACAACAUUGUUAUUCCCAUGUCACUGGUGGCACCAUCAAAGCUGGAGAAACUACAGUACAAAGAAAUCCUUACUCCAAGCUGGAGAGUUGUUGAACUUCAGCCUUUAGAAAAAUCUCAAACAGAUGAAGAAGAGGUAGGCUGAACUUUAAUUAAUUAAAGUAGAUACAAUAUAUAAUUGGGGUAAUUGAUACGUACUUUCUGAAAACACUGACUUCAUAAAAAUCCCAGUAAGUUUCAAGUUUCAAAAAUUAAGUAUUAAGUAUCAGAUUGUGAAAAUGUGUCUUAUCCCUACAGUGGAAGAGAGAAAUGCAAGCAUACCAUUAAUAUUCCUUGUUCAUUGUUUGUGUGGCUCUUGCCCCUUGCUGCU